CUGACUUCAACACUUUUGGGCCAGACGUUGUUGGCGUCGAAUUAGUUAACCCACUCCCGCCGGCGGUAUACCGAACAAGCGGUUGAGGAAAAACUCCCCGGCUUCCCUCUUCCAUCCUCGUAUCCCCGAAUCGAACAAACCGUUCUGCGUUCCCUCCUUCUUCUCUUGUCUCUGUAACGGUUACCGGAAAUUAACGACCGCCUCCAUAUUCUCUGCUUCCGAAGCAAUGUCCGACGCUUACUGGAGAUACGCCGACCCCCGGCAGCCUCCGCAUCCGUCGUCGCAGCAACCGCAACAUCAACAGCAACAGCAGCCCCAGCACCAGCAGCAGCCUCCGAUGUCUUCAUUCGUCGGGAAACGCCCACGUACCGGCGAAUAUGAUGGUCCUGGUGGGCGUGAUCUCAUCAAUUACUAUGGCCGUGAAGAUGAAAGAAGUGGUGGUGGUGGUGGUGGUGGUGGUGGUGUUCGAGUAAUUAGAGAUACAGAUGCCCUUGGAUCAUCUUAUGACCGUUAUCUACGCAGUAUGCAAGCUUCAUCAUAUGGUGGUGGUAAUGGACAACCUGCGAGAUCCAUGGGUACAGGUAUGGGAAGCAUGGAGCCUGGGGGUGCUCCAAUGAGUGACAGAAACCUUGGAUUCGGAGGUGGAAGGAGUGAUCUUUCCCUCCCUCCUGAUGCUAGCAGUACGCUGUAUGUAGAGGGUUUGCCCUCUGAUUGUACGAGGCGCGAAGUUUCUCAUAUAUUCCGCCCGUUUGUUGGUUACAAAGAAGUUCGACUAGUGAGCAAGGAGUCGAGACGUCCUGGGGGAGAUCCAUUGAUCCUCUGCUUUGUUGACUUCAUGAGUCCCGCCCAUGCUGCCACCGCUCUGGAUGCCUUGCAAGGUUAUAUGUUUGAUGAGCACGAUCAUGAUUCGCUUCAGUUAAGGUUGCAAUUUGCUCGCUAUCCUGGUGCGAGAUCAGGUAGCGGGCAUCGUGGCAAGCGUUGAGUGACACGAUGAUUUUGCCAGGUGACUAGUGCUUACUAAUCCCGCUCGACCUCUUACUACUGUUCAUGCGGUCGUCAAUUAAGUAACAAUGGAUUCGGCUAAAAUCAUCCAACCGUCUAUGUAGGAUUUGGCUAAACGACAGCCUCACUUCGAGUAUUAUGUGAUUGCCCUAAUGGAUGCUUUCACUAGGUCGAUAAACUCGAUUAUGCGUCUUUGCAGCGCAGGCGGAUGCAGACCCCUUACCUUGUCUGUUGAGAGAGUUGGAAAGUUUACGCUUUGAAUAAUGAUCUAGAGUUCUUACAAAAUUCUGGUGGAUUUGUUGUUCCUUAUUUUGCCGGUGCGGUGAAUGUUUGUUUAUGUAUUGAUAUUUACGAAUGAGAGGUGAUCUUAGGGAGUGAUGUACUUAUUCAUGGAUAGACUUCCAUGCUUGUUCAAGCUUAGCUCAUAUCUCAGAGAGUGUACGGAGAAUGAGUGAUGUAUGCUGCUCAACCAUGGAUCUUAUGUUUGUGCUAUUCUAUCGAUGUUAACCCUCUCUUUACUAAGAAUUAUCCAGAAAUUCAGUGAAGGGUUGCCGUUUUAGCUUUAAAGGUAGCCAUCCUGAUUCCUUUCAUAGAAUGUUUGUUGACAUGCUGUUUUUUUGCUCCUUGAACUUGAAGGUGCGUUUCUGCUAGUUAGUACCUUGCCAUUUCUGUGCCUUGUCUAUCUGAUGCACCAAUUUCAGCAGCAUACCAACAAUGCACUUUAUGGUUGAGCUAGACUCCAGGGUCUUUGGGCUUCACAAGUUCCAGAGCUGUUACAAUAGAACUUUCAGUAUCAGCUUGAAUUCGAACUGCUGAUACUGCUCUAUAUGCUGAUAUGAAUAACGGAUUAUUGCAGGUCUGUCGCCUAUGCGUUAAUCUAACUAGUCACUUAUACGCUUAAAGCCUGUGCAUGGUCGAUGUGUUCACAGUUAGAAAACAGCUUCUUUGGCAGCAUAUGUUACAAUGCAAUGCCACAAAAAUACUGCAUUCCACUAGAAGCGUUUGCAGUUCUGGAUUACACUCUACGACCACUUCCUGGUCCUUGUGCCUCUUGUUGAGCAUCAGCUCUGUGUUCAUAAGAAGGCAUAUAUAUUCUGUUAGGAUUCUGUGUCCCACUCCUGGUCCUUGUGCCUCUUGUUGAGCUUGUUUGUUGCACCUAUGGUGACCACCGUAACCCGGUUUCACACCUGUGAACUGGGGAUAGUCAGCUGGCCUCUGAUUCUGAUGAUGUAGCGUUGUAUCAGCCACGGGACAAAGUCAGUUUUGUACGACGGUAUGGCAGGCCUAACGCUGACGUUGAAUUGCAAGGUAACAACCAGACCUUUCAAAGAUUCAAGUCUUACAAUACUGUGGUAGUGAAGAUCAGUGUUGCUUUAUAAACUUGCGUGCUUCUUCUUCUUCCACGGUCUAUGGCUAGCUGGUUUGGGCGGUUGUUGACUUGCUAGCUCACUGAAUUCAUUUCAGACCUGGUUGCUCGAUCUACUUGUUUUCGUUUUCCCACCAUGGUAAUCAUUCCGCUAGCUGUUGAGUGUUUGACUAAUUUUUAAUUCAACGCUUAAGUAACUCCCUUUUUAGUUUUUGAGCGGUUUUCUCAGGAUUAGUGAAAUUCGUACCGUCCCAGUAAUCCGAUCGAGACGACCUUAUUAUUCUAGUGAGGUUUUUGAGUGAUUUUCUCGGGAUUCGUGAAAUUCGUGCCGUCCCAGCAAUCCGAUCGAGAAGACCUUAUUACGAGGGGUGCAUUAGGUUAGUUAGGUAGAAUUAUAUUUAACAUUAACGGAAGUGACGCGCGCGGCAUUAAUGCUCGUAUUAAUGCUCUCAUUUGUACCGGGUUGGACCAACUUACUUAACAAAGAUGAAUAUUUAGUGUGAUGGAUGUUAUAGGGGAAAAAAGAGUUUGUAUUUUAAAGUCAUGAAGUCCAGCAAGUAAACGCUUAAUUUCCUCAAAAACUGCUGAGGAAUCCAUCAAGUGGGUCGCCGCCAGCACUUUCACAAUAAAAGCUUUUGCAAGUUGCCUCCCAAUUCUAUGCUUUUUUGGGUCGUCUCGUGCAUGCAAAGGCACAAAUCUGAAUAGAUUGUCUAGGUAUGG